GGCCACUCAAAAUCCACAGACUUUCCAAGGCAAAAAAUCCCAUUUCCCUACUCCGAUCACCCUCUUCUUUCUUUCCUGCGACCGAGGGGAUCGUCGAUCGAUGGCAACAAUGGGCGUGGGCGGAGCGGUGAAGAUGAUCGUCGGGGCGAAGGUGGAGCGGGUGCUGGCCACGUCCAAGGCGCCCGGCGCUUGCCCGUCCUGUGGCGGCCCCGUGGUGGCGACCGACGUGGAGAGCGAGCGGCGCAUCCUGUGCCUCCCGCUGUGCCUCAAGAACAAGCGCAAGUACUCCUGCACCAGGUGUUUCCGCCGCCUCGUCACCAUCUACAGCUAGAUCAAGCUUCUUCCAGCAGUAUCGAUCUGUCCAUCCUUCGAAUAGCCGCGUAGGGAGCCAAUCAGUUAAUCCGCUCGAGUUCUUUGGUUCUUCUUGGCCGUGGUUACGGCCCUAGAGUAGCUUGCUGGCCUGGCCAAUGUAAUGGGGAUUCUGUGUUAAUUCUUCUAGUACUCCCUCCGUUCAGAAUUACUUGUCUCGGAAAUGGAUGUAUCUAGAACUAAAAUACGUCUAGAUACAUCCAUUUUUGCGACAAGUAAUUCCGAACGGAGGGAGUAGUUCUUAGCUGGUGUAUUGAUCGUUCUGCGUCAUGUGAGGAGCGCUGCGAUUGGCACUCUGCUGCAGUAGUAGCAGUUCUUAGCUGGUGUAUUGCAGUAAGCUCCCUAUCAAUGGUGGCAGCCUUAAUGCAUAGGGCAGUAUUGGAAAUUUGGAAUGCGCUUGCC